AUGCAUCCGCGCGCUCCAAGCGGCACCAGUUCUCCUCGCGACUGCAGGUUGUUAUCUAUGUUAUGGACGAAUAUAAAGAAAACAGGGCGAUAAGAAGGCAGUCCGGUCUGUGGUCUCUCCACCUUCGAGGUGUGGUCUGUAUCCAGAACCGUUUAAAACUUGGCGGCGCGCGUUGCUGAUCUCGAGAAGGUAUUCAGCAAAGAAGCACGUGAGGCUGGCCUGGUUUACCAGGCACGAGCGGUUCAGCACACCGCUCUCUGCAAGCAAAAGCAACAUCUACCUGCCGCCCCUGUGUCAAGUGAAGUCAGUGUAAGAUCAUUGCUGAGAAUGGGUGCUCUAAAGGAUGAGGGUGCAUUAGAUGGUGGAUGGGGAUGGAUGAUUGUGUUGACCUCCUUCAUGGCCCAGUUCCUGUCAUUAGGAUCCCCCCAGUCCGUUGGGGUGUUGUACCCCGAGUGGCUCAGUGCCUUCCAGGAAGGAAAAGGCAUGACGGCUUGGGUCGGAUCCAUGGUGUCUGGUGUGGCACUCAUCACCAGCCCGGUGUGCAGUGCCUGUGUGGAUAAUUUCGGUGCACGGCCAGUUACUGUCUUCAGCGGUGUGAUGGUGGCCGGCGGUCUGAUGCUGAGCGCUUUUGCUCCGAGUGUCUCUUUUCUCAUCUUCUCCUACGGCAUUGUUGUCGGCAUGGGUUGCGGACUUGUCUAUGCUGCCACAUUGACCAUAACCUGCCAGUACUUUGACAAGAGGCGUGGCCUAGCACUGGGCAUUGUUACCACAGGUACAAGUGUGGGUGGGUUCACUUACGCCACACUCCAGAAUGAACUCAUUGAGUUGUUUGGAUUGGAGGGCUGCCUGCUUAUCGUUGGAGCGCUGGCGCUCAACCUGAUGGCAUGUGCUGGGCCAAUGCGACCUAUGAACUUACCUGGUUACUACCUAAAACAGAGAGCUGCUCUACAGCGUACAGAGGAACCAGAACCACUCUACACCAAACCAACUGCAAUUAUCAUUGACUCUGGCUCAGAUCUCAAAACCACACCCAGCUCGGCCAAUAACAUAGUCGCCAUUAAGCUGUUGAUCACCAAGGAAUCCACAGAGCUGCAAGAGAGUGAAGGGGAAAGAAAUGGCAGGAUAUUGUCCUGUUCAAUAGUAGCACGAGCCAUUAAGAAGCGGAUGCGUCCCUAUAGACGGUACAUGUGCGAGACUAUAGAGCUCCUACAGGACCGUGUCUUCAUGGCUUUCUGCAUUGCUAUUUUCUUGUUCAGCUUAGGGGCAUUCCCACCUGUUCUCUUCAUGGAGGACGUAGCCCAGAGCGAGGGGCUUAUCGAUGGGAUUGCACUAAUACCCCUUGUCUCAAUCGUUGCAAUGACAACUGGCAUUGGUAAGCUGGUCCUGGGUGUGCUGGCAGACAUGCGAUGGGUAAACAGCCUGUACCUGUAUGCCCUGACGCUGACAGGCACAGGUUUGACUCUGCUGCUCAUCCCAGUGUCUAAGAGCUACCUGACUCUGCAAGUUUUGUCGGCCAUGGUUGGAUUUUUCUCAGGGAACUGGUCUCUCACGUCCUACAUCACUACCAAGAUAGUGGGCAUGGAACGACUCAGUCAGGCUCACGGCAUUCUCAUGUGCUUCGGAGGGUUUGGAAUCACGCUUGGGCCACCUGUUGUAGGUUGGUUCUUCGACUGGACUCAGUCAUAUGACCUGGCGUUCUACAUCAGUGGCACUUGUGUUUUAGUGUCUGGUUUGUUUCUGUUCUUGGCCACCCUGCCUUGCUGGAACAGGACAACGGAGGAGGGAGAUUCUCCUCCAGAAGAGGACAUCAACACUUUGCAGCGAAAGCACACUCUUGAUUGUGACAAAGUAGCCUCUGUGGCUUGAACAAUAUUUCCAAGGUCUAAAACUGAACUUGGCCUUAACAUUCUGUUGAACGUAGAAGCUUGUCUUCCUUUUCUUACAGUUUUCUUACCUGGUGAUUAGACUGACAUUUUGUCAGGCGACUUCUCAUGGUGCCAAACUUUUUCUUUGGUUCAAUAUGAUAUAUAUAUUUUUAUACAUUUCCCACAAACCCUGUCAUUUUUGAGAGGGUGUAUUAUUUUUUUCUUAGAUGCUUAUAAAGACGGCCUCAUUUUUGAGGCUUAUAUAUUGAUAGCAGAAAUUGUUUGCGAAUAGUAUAUUCAGUAGAUUGUUUACUGGACACAGAUGCUUUUUUUUGUAGACCUUGAUCACUUGAAUUGCUACUUUACUCUAUGAGAUGAAUGGUCUCGCUGUGUUGUACAUAGAUAUCACCAACCUGUUAAUAUAGUUUCCAUUAAUGAGAACAUUUCUGACUGAAGGCUGCAGAGAAUUAUAGGAUGUGUGAAUAGGGCUUUUUACUGCACCAUCCAUGAAAACCAUUGAAAAAAAAAAAAAAAUCCAGAUCCAAAGAUUUCUUUCAUUAUGUCUGGAGUGACAAGGACUUGAAACAAAGAGGAAAUGCACUUUAAUGCACUCUUUUAAAUAGUCAGUAACUGCACAUUAUUUUCCUACUUUUUGUCACCUUUUUUUUAUUUGCAACAAUCUCCUGCAUAUCAUCUCCUUUUAUUGUAUGCAAUACCAAAGUGACACAAUCAGUUUCAUUACCUGGUAGAGAAAGGCUUUAUUUUGAAAUGUAUUUACUUCAGCCACAUUUGACUUUAAGACAUACCUCAGCAUGUUCGGUAUCUCUAAUUGUUAAUCAUUUAGAAAUGCAAGAAUAUGUUGAUGAAAGACAGAAAAAAACAAAAAAAAACAAAGACGGUGUUAAAUUCUGUGACUGCAAUGUACUGUCAUCCUCCACAUUUGUUCAACAGGCUGGUACCUGGCAACACUAUAUCUUAUAUUACUGUAUAUUUGAAAUGCCAGUGUCAUUAUUUCAUAUGUCAGUAUGUUUUAGAACCAUAAUAUAUUAUGUAUAAAUAUUUGCAAAAUAAUGUUAAGAAAAGGCCGCUACACGUUUGACCAAAGACUUGCUUUGAGUCUUGAGUGAACAUUUGACAAGGUACAAAAUUAUUUAUAAAGUGUAACACUGUCCCCCUAUAUGAUGCACCUGUCUUUUUCUUUUAUUUCAUUGUGUUUGUUUUGUACCAUACCGUUUGUUGAUUUUUAAGUGACAAUAAAAAGAUUUCAUUAAAUUCAA